CGGUCACUUUACAGUUAACAGCUCGCUUGGCAAGUGCCGCUUUUGUGUUGCGCGUCGUAUUUCACUGUGUAUAAGAAAAUUAUUCAAAUCAAACGUGUGUACUGGAGUGAGUGUGUGUGUGAAAAGUAGAAGCCACAAUGUCCACUAUCGAUGAAUUGGAAACGGAGGAGUUGGAAAGUCCAGCUGGCGCUUUGACCUCAGUGGCGUCCAAUGAUCCGCGCCUCGAGUUCAUCAGCUCAUUUACAUUGAGCUCAUUGCGUCUGAAGCAGGACAAGUGGCAUCGAAUGAUGGCUACCGACUCGUUUCGUAAAGACAUUCGCGCCUUACAAAAUCCAAAAUUCCACAAAACAAAAAUUCGCAAUUUGACGCCUCUAAGCCGAUGCCAUCCCAAAAUUUUCCAGGUCAUUAUGUUUGAUUGGCUGCACAACACACAACAGCGCCUUCUAGUUAUGACGCUCAAUCAUAGCGGAUAUUUGGUACCGAAAAUUGCGCUCAGCGAGUUGCACCACAAUUAUGCGGCGCAAUCAACCUUGAGCGCAACGCCAUCGCCACCACCACCUCCAACAACAACAGCAACACAGGCAACCACUGUCAUAUCAGCAACACCAACUGCCAUCAUCGUGGAUCCAGGCGCCGCGUCAGCCAAUCCAGUUGACCACACAAUGACUGCAGCUGCAGCAACUGCAGAGCCAACAGCUAAAUCUAAUGAUGUCGGCCCGUCAAGCAAAGCCACCAAUACAACAAGCUCAGCUGCCAUCGUUGCCUCGGCCGCUGCUAUGGCCGCCACCGCCGCCGUCGCCACUGUACUGACGCUGCCAAUGCCAUCAGCUUCGAGCAGCUUCUCCACACUGGACGGUGUGCCACGCGGCAAAUGCGUUUACUUUGUGCGUCGAAGCGCGAACACACCGUUAACCGCAGCUAAUUUCCGUACGCAAAUACUCUGUGGCGAUUUGCCGGUGCACAGCAAAAUAGAAACUUUAUCGCUGCUAUUCGAUGAAGUCUUUCAGCCGUUGCUCGAGUGUCCGUCCAAUCGGAAAACGUGGCCGAAGCCGGUGCAAAAGGAUUUGCAAAUACAUAUUAAGGACGUGCGCAACACGCUGGUUGAGAUCAAGGGGAAAUCCAACAAUCGUACAAUUUUAUCAUUAUUAGUAGCACCGGCAGUCAUUGAAGAGGUAGCAGCACACGUUAAUCAGGGCAAUCUCGCACCAGCCAUCGAGCCAAAGUUCCGAGCAACGCUUGAGGAGAUGUACAUUAACUGGACAACACAGAUGCAUGACAUAAUUAUCGAACGAUCUGAAUGCCACAGCGGCGUUCAAGCAAGAAGCAGCAACAAAGGACUGGUGCUUGUGACGCUCCCGGCGCACGAAAUCGCCUACUGGAGUAACCGCAAGCAAAAUUUGCAAAAUAUUUACGAACAAUUACGCACGCAGACACACAAGACCCUCACACACAUACUCAAGAGCAUCGAUUCACCCUACUACGAGCCAUUUGUGUUGGUCUUCAAGCGUCUGGUGUGCGCUUGGCACGAGGCCGAGGACAACACGCUGUGGCUGCAGCCGCUACUACGUCAAACGGCCGCCUUCAAUGCUGUCAACUUUCACGCCGCUGCCGAAUUGGUGAAUCCACUGGUGCAUGUGCUGCAUCUCAUUUGGACUCAUGCGCGCUACUAUCGCAGUACGCAGCGUAUGACAGUGCUCUUGCGUUGCGUCUGUCAGUUGUUGGUGCGGCGUGCCAGCGAGGAUUUGGAUUUCCCACUACUCUUUCAAGGUGACGCCGAUGAGGGGUUGUCGAAGAUAACCAAAUCGAUUGAGGUUAUGGAACAGCUUAAGGGUCGACUAUUGGAGUACAAGGAGAAAUAUUCCAGCAAUCAGCAGCUGCUGCCCGCUUUACCUAGCACAUCACGAAUGACAGCGUCGGCGGCCAUGGUAACUUCAGCUUCUUCUGACAACAGCCAUGAAGCUUAUGAGCUCUGGCGUUUCUCACCCGAGGAUGUAUUUAGCUACACACUAGACGGGUUUGUGAUGCAGUUGGGCGAUAUGCGCACACUAUUUGAGGCGGCAGUAUCGUUUCAAAAUCUAGAGAAGAUAGAGUUCGGCGGUCUGCGUGGCAAACAGCUUAAUGAGCGCGUGCGGCAGGUGCACACACAAUUCAAGGAGCUCUUUGAGCAAUGGACUCUAACCGAAUUCGAUGCUGCACAGUUGGAUACACAAUUGCCAAGCAGCGGCAAAUGGACGCACUUUAAACGGCAGCUACGUAACUUCUUCGUGCAUAUACACGCGCUGGAGCAGAAGUUGGCUACGAUAUUCGUGCAGGCGUACAAGGAUUGCCAAAAUUGGGAGCAAUUAACUAAGUUAACGGUAAUGCUUGGCAGUGGCAUGCUACAACGAGGCACUAUCCUACCGGAACUUUGUGUCAUUGAGUCACAUCUUCUUCAUAUCUAUGACGAAGAGUUGCAGCAGCUGGAGGCUUCAGCGCAUAAAGUACUGUUGGAAUUUGAAUUUCGUGGUGUGUCUGCCAUACCGAUUCAAUGGGGAUUCCCACCCACCGCCGGCGCUCUAAUGUGGUUGGAACAGCAUAUGCAACGCAUAGACACGCUGACAUCGCGUGAACUGCAUAACUUUAUGAAGACAAUUUAUCCACAAUCGAUUAACACCACAUACACACCUCGUAGGCUCUUUAAUGGCGACACUCAAAGCGCAAGCAACGAAACAAUUAGCAACAACAACACUAUGGAAUACAAUGAACCUUGGUAUGGAGUAGAAGGUGUUGCCACCGAGGGAAGCGUUAACACAGUAAACGCCUACAAACGACUAAAUACGCGACGAGAUAUUUUGACAACAAAGCUUAGCAAUUUGCAGUUGAAAAUCUGGCGCAAUUGGCAGCAGACCAUAUGCAAAAGGAUAGCCGAUGGGCUUGAUGCACGUGUGAUGUCCCUCGGCGACAGCAAUAGCACCAACAGCAAGAACAACAACGACAGCGGUCAUUUGAGUGACGGCGCGGCUGGUGGAAAUUACACCUUUGGCGCAAAUUUUCGCAAUGCAAUCACCGCAGCGUUGGCACAUUCGCGUGAAUACAAUAGCCGCAACAACAACAACAAACAACACAUGAACGCUAGCAACAACAGCAGCGAUAACAAACAAAACCGCCGCAACAUCAAAGACGCACCGAAAUCGAGUGCAAAGGCACCGAAAUCACUGCAAAUGAAUUUCUCAUCGGAUUUAUUUGGACUUUUGCAGGAGGUCAAGUAUUUGCUGGCAACACAGCAGGCGAGCGGUGUGCGGCGCGGCAGCAGCGACAUUAGCGUCACAAACAAUCUAUCAACGUUUGAGGCUGCUGGCGUUAUGGCAACCACUCAGCCACAACAUCGGCUGGAAAAUCAAUCAGCAACAGCGGACGACGGAGGAGGAGUGGAAGCGGCAGUUGGAUUUGAAGAUAACAACAACAGCAUGGAGUUGGCAGCAACGGCGGCAACUGCGUCAUUGUCAUUGGCAGCUACAAAUGCAUCGUUAACACAGCAACAACAACGACAAGAGCCGAAUGCGUUGCAGAGCAAUUUGCUGGAUUUGUACGCCGAAAGAGACGAGUUUUGGCAACACAAAGUGAAACUCAUCAAAAUCUGCGAAUUCUACAAUGGCAUUCGUGGUCUGUCCACAGAUGACGCUUGUGAUGGCGGCAUUAUUGGUAGCGCUGCCGAAUUGCAACUGAUUCGCCAUGAAGUGAGUGCAAUUGACGAACGCGUGGAGGAGGCAUGCGCCACACUCACAUGGCGCACGUAUGAUACAGCAUUAAUGCAUGAAAUCUAUGAGCGUUCCCAGCAACUCUAUAAUCGCCUCAAGCAAACACAACACAAUCUACUGGCCAUAAUACAGAGUAUACGCCGCUGGAGUCGUGAGCCACUCUACCAACGCAGCGCCUACGGGCGUAACCUAUUAGACGCACAACAGCAGCAGGAGCGUUUACGGCAACGGCGCAUGCAAUGCGAUGAGACACGGCGUCUAUUGAAUCGUCUGCUGAUUGCCAAUUUCUGUUUAUUUUUCGAUUAUGAUCAACAGCGUGGCGAGUUCGAAGGGCAUGAUGAACAAUGCAUACAGGAGUUUUUACGCAAGUUUCCCAAUGCUCAACGACGGAGCUACAACAAGUAUCUAGCCGGUGUGGAGGCAUUGCUUGGCCAGGAAGUGCGAAUGGCUAUUAAACACCGCUAUGUUUGUUUGCAACGCUUGCGUGCAACUCACUCAAUAUGCACUCAAUUUAAUUUGCACAUCACUCAUACGCUCCGUCGCACGCGGCGGUCGACCGGGCUCGGUUCGCCCCUUUUUCUUCCGCACAGUUUGGCGUAUUUUCACAACCGAAUGGUAAACGCCAGCGAAAAUGAAGAGUUGACAACUGGAGCAAUAACAACAAUAACACACUUAGCGGCAGCAAAUACAUCAACCGUCCGCACACCUGCCCAGAACGAUGGUGAUGACGAUGAUGAUGGCGCUGGCACUGGCAUUGCAAGUGCGCGGUCUGUGGGUGCGGCGGCAAUGCACGCGACUCAUAAACAACCAGUUGCGGCAGCCGGUAGCAAACAGCGUUUGUUGUUGUCGCCACGCCCGCAAACACCGUUGCCGACAAUACCUGCAACGCCGGUGUUAGCACCGCCUACAACAAUCACAUCAGCAACGACAACAACCGCGAGAGUAAUGUCUGCAAUCAGCAAUAGUGGCAGCAACAGCAGUAGCGCCAUCAUAACGGCAACGGCACACCAACACCUCAACAGAUCGUCUGCUAUGUCGCCGGCAACCGCAAUGCCACUUUUUGAGGUGAAAUUAGAGUUGCUGCCAGCUGCGAAUGAGACGCCGUCGACGGCAGAGGUGGCGGCAGCGUCGGAUGUGUGGCAUACAAAUACGGAAAUACGCUUCGUGCCAUCAUUCAACGUGAGUGUAGAAAAUAAUUUUCAGCAAAUUGUCGAGCAGCUGCUGGAGGACAUACACCAGACUAGCCACGGUUGCAUGCCGCGGCGCAUUGUUGACGACAAGACGUUGUCUGAUGACGACAAUGAAGACAACGACGACGGCAGCGACGAGCAUGAAGGUGAAGAUAAUGACAACAGCAACAACAAGCACUUAAAUGAUGGCGACGGCGGCGGCAAGGUAGACACAGUUGAAUGCAAUAAUAAUGAUUAUGUGUUGCAAGCAGAAAACUUGAAAAGCUUCGCGCGAUUGCAACAACGUCGCGAUACGGAAGCGGACCGCAAACAGCGACAGACACGGAAUGCGAGUUUGUCAACGUUUCAUGAGGUCGCUGUGGCAAAACGUCGGCAGCAACAAGAACUAGCAAGCAAAACGACGCGACCGCAGAGAAGAAGCGGCGACGAGAGAGACAUCACCAUCGACGAGCUACGUCAGCUGAACGCCGACAUACACGCUGCACUCACAGCGACGAUCCGCGAUGCACAACACUUUGCCGCACAGUUCAACGCAUACGACUUUCUGUGGCAGCAGCAGCGCGAGCAGGUGCUACAAGCCACCUUACAAGUUGCACGCGAAAUGGAAGCUGUUGUUGGAAAAGGUUACGCCAUCAUGGAGGCAUUCAAAAUGCAGAUUGAUCGUUACAAUGAGCAUCACGAGGCCGUUGAGCAACUAGCAGGACAACAGCGCAUAAAUGGCUGGCUGAGCAUCGAUUUGAAUCCAUUGAAAUAUGCGCUGCUCAACCACAUCUGCAAAUGGUCACACCUACACAAACGCUGGCUGCUGCAGUAUGUGGAACGCACAUUGAAUGAACUCACCAACUUCAUCAGUCAUGGUCUAGCGAUACUCCAACUACCCGUUAGUUUGAGAAAUUUUCGGCGCUUGCUACGCGUACUCGCUGUUAUGGCACAGAUUCACAAGCACGCCACCUAUGCGGACAAUAUGUUUAAGCCACUUAAGGACAUCAUGUCUUUACUCAAGUCGUAUAAUGUGGAAUUUGAUCAGCAGUUGCUGCGGAAUAUCGAUCACUUGCCGUUGCAAUGGAAGCAUUUGAAGGAUGUUGCGGCAGCGCGUUCGGAAGCACUGCAGGAAGCGCAAAGCUAUCAGCGAGAGCGUGUUAAUGCCAUGAUUGUUAUAUUCAUGUCACGGUUGCAGAACUACGCCAAGCAGUUUCCGCGCUUGCCGUUCUUCACCGUACCUUGUGUCGAUGUGUAUGACCACUGUGACAAUGUUUGCACUCGUUUAGAUCACUUUGCUUCUCUCCAUCAUCGAUUCCUGCGCUAUUCGGUACUGCUCGGCAUCGAUGCUGCGGAUGCAUCCACACUGCAGCUGUGUACCGCCGAACUGAGACGCAUUAAGCAACUAUGGGACUAUGUGCAUGUCAUUGAGGCCUGUAUUGUGGAGUGGCAUGCCACAGCGUGGCACAGCAUCGACACCGAUGAAUUGGAAACAGAGUGUAAAAAGUUCACACGUGAUCUACGUACUCUGGAUAAAUGUAUACGCGAUUGGGCGCCAUACGCUUAUAUUGUGGAUAUACUCAAGGAGUUGAUGGCUUCAUUGCGCGCCAUUACCGAACUACAGAAUACGGCUAUCAGCGAACGACAUUGGCUCGAAUUGAUGCAAGCCACAAAGCUCUCUUUCAAAAGCAAUAAAAACACUUCGUUAGAGCAACUACUUCGUUUGAAGUUGCAUCAGCAUGAGGAGGAAAUUAAGAACACCGUCGAUCGCGCAGUUAAGGAAAUGACAGUGACCAAAGUGUUGGAUGAGAUCAAAGUCACCUGGACGCGUAUGAGUUUCGAAACGGAGCAACAUCAGCGGCGCACAGAAGUGCAGUUGCUUAAGGUCUCCGAAGAGCUAAUGGAGACGCUCGAUGAUAAUCAGAUGCAGCUGCAGAAUAUCGCCACUUCCAAGAACAUUGAGUACCUGCUGGACAAGCUAAGCUACUGGCAGCGUAUAUUGAACGAUAUCGAUGCGCUGAUUGGCAGCUGGUUCGAGGUGCAACGUAAAUGGGUUUACUUGGAGGCGAUUUUCAUCGGCACUGCCGAUAUACGCGCGCAAUUACCCAUGGACGCAGCAAGCUUUGAGGUUAUAGACAACGAAUUCACACUACUUUUAGGCGAGGUUAUACACAUCGGUAUCGCCAUGCAGAUCGUGCUACAGUGCGAGCAAAUUUUCUCUACUUUGGCGACGUUACAACAACGCUUGGCAGUAUGUGAGAAGGCUUUGAAUGACUACUUGGAGACGAAGCGUUUGGUCUUUCCACGUUUCUACUUCAUAUCCGCCGUCGAUCUCCUCGAUAUACUCUCGAAUGGCAAUUGUCCGCACGUCAUAGACCGACAUCUCAUUAAACUGUUCGACUCCAUACUGCGGCUUGAAUACGAAUUGAGCGCUGAAAACGGACCAUACCAAGCGAUCGGCAUGUAUUCAAAGGAGAACGAUGAAUAUGUGCGUUUUGCAGGUGUUAAUGAAAGCGCGCCACAUGUAAAGUGUGCCGAGCGUGUGGAGUUAUGGUUAAACGAAGUCAUCUUUCAGAUGCGUAGCACAUUGCAUGAACUCUUUCGGCGCGCAUUGCAUGCACAAGUGAAUCGCUCGCGUGAAUCGUGGCUGCAUGAGUGGCCCGCACAGGUCGCUUUGUGCUGCAGCCAAAUAGCUUGGGCAGCCGAUGUGAAUCGUGCUUUUGCAUGGAUGGACGAGGGUUACGAAGCUGCCAUGAAGGAGCUCCACAAGCGACAGAUGGCGCAACUGAAUUCACUCAUCAACUUACUGUUGGGCGAACUGACACCCGGCGAUCGUCAGAAGAUAAUGACCUUAUGUACGAUCGAUGUGCAUUCACGUGAUGUAGUCGGUAAAAUAAUACUGGCUAAGGUCGAUAAUGCGCUGGCUUUCCAAUGGCAAAGUCAGUUACGACAUCGCUGGGAUGACGCUAUGCUCGAGGCAGAGCACCGACCAGCAGCAGCUGACGAGGACUGUUUUGCGAACAUCUGCGAUGCGGAAUUCCGCUACGCCUAUGAAUAUCUCGGCAAUACUUCACGCUUAGUUAUUACACCGUUAACGGAUAGAUGUUACAUCACUCUGACGCAGUCAUUGCAUCUCGUAAUGGGUGGCGCCCCAGCUGGACCAGCUGGCACUGGCAAAACCGAAACCACAAAGGAUUUGGGGCGCGCUCUUGGCAUGAUGGUGUACGUGUUCAACUGUUCCGAACAAAUGGACUACAAAUCUUGUGGCAACAUUUACAAGGGUCUGGCGCAGACAGGUGCCUGGGGCUGUUUCGACGAAUUCAAUCGUAUAGCAGUCGAAGUGCUAUCAGUUGUAGCCGUACAAGUGAAGACUAUACAAGACGCAAUAAAGAUGCAUCGAAAUCGCUUCACAUUUAUGGGUGAGUCCAUCGCUUUAGUGCCUUCUGUGGGUAUCUUCAUUACUCUCAAUCCCGGUUACGCUGGACGUACUGAAUUGCCGGAAAACUUGAAGACACUAUUUCGCCCAUGCGCUAUGGUCGUACCGGACUUUGCGCUCAUUUGUGAAAUUAUGCUAAUGGCGGAAGGUUUCCAAGAUGCGCGCAUACUCGCACGUAAAUUCAUAACACUGUACACGCUGUGUCGUGAGCUCUUAUCAAAGCAGGAUCACUAUGAUUGGGGGCUACGCGCUAUUAAGUCCGUAUUGGUGGUGGCGGGCACCUUGAAACGAGAUGACCACAGUCGACCAGAAGAUCAGGUACUCAUGCGUGCCUUGCGAGACUUUAAUAUACCAAAGAUUGUGACCGAAGACGUUUCCAUAUUUAUGGGACUUAUUGGCGAUCUCUUUCCCACACUGGAUGUACCACGCAAGCGCAUUUUUGACUUUGAAAAGACUAUACGACGUGCUGUAAAUGAGAAUAAACUACAACCUGAGGAGGGAUUUCUGAUGAAGGUGGUACAACUGCAAGACUUGCUGGACGUACGCCAUUCAGUCUUUAUAGUUGGCAACACUGGUACUGGAAAGACGAAAAUUUGGCAAACACUACUUGAAACCUAUCGCAUACAAAAGUUGAAACCCGUCUGUAGUGUGCUCAACCCAAAAGCCUUAUCCAAUGACGAGCUCUUCGGCGUCGUAAACUCGACAACACGUGAAUGGAAAGAUGGACUAUUCUCGUCGAUAAUGCGUGAACAGACAAAUUUACCCGCGGGUAGCCCCAAAUGGAUUAUACUUGAUGGCGAUAUCGACCCAAUGUGGAUAGAAAGUUUGAAUACCCUCAUGGAUGACAACAAAAUAUUGACGCUCGCCAGCAACGAACGGAUUACACUGAAGCGCGAAAUGCGUCUACUCUUCGAGGUGGGACAUCUUAAGGCAGCUACACCCGCCACAGUUUCUCGAGCUGGUAUUUUAUAUAUUAAUCCACAAGAUAUGGGUUGGUCGCCGUAUGUGCUCUCUUGGAUAGAAACGCGUAAUGACCCUAUUGAAAGAGGUACUCUUACCACUUUGUUUGAAAAGUAUUUUCCCAGCUUGAUGUCUCGACAUCGUACAUUCCGACGUACAACGCCGAUUAGCGAAAUGGCUAUGAUACAAAUGACUUGUCAUCUGCUGGAGAGCUUACUACACUUGCUCAAACAGGUAAAUUGUAUGAGGUCCAAAAUAAGAGAAACAGCCAUCGAUGUCACUACACACAAUCUCGUCAAUCCCAAUGAAGCCACAAGCGGUUCAGUUGACCUCUCUAUCGAAUUGAUUUUCAUCUAUGCAACAAUGUGGGGCUUCGGCUCAGCAUUGCAUCAAGAUCACAUCAUCGAUUGGCGACGCGAAUUCCACAAAUGGUGGAUAAGCGAAUACAAGGAUGUCAAAUUGCCGACACAAGAUUCCAUUUUCGAUUACCAACUAGAUGUGCGAACAAACAAAUUUCGACGUUGGUCUGAAUUGGCGGCGGAACGGAAAAUCGAGUCAAUAGAUACGGAAAUGCCAAUACAGUCUUUGCUCGUGCACACGGUGGAAACAGUGCGAUUGACAUACUUUUUGAAAUUGCUCAUCGAACGUAGAUACGCAUGCAUGUUGGUGGGGAACUCUGGCUGUGGGAAGAGCGCAAUUUUUCGUGAACUUUUCAGCUUGUACGAGAAUGAGCUCGGUGCGGGCGAUGUUGAUAGCUUAAUGCCGCGGCAGGCGGUGGACAUAAAACGCCCGAAGCUGAUAUCGCAUAGACCACGAAACAUAGCAGUGCAGACGACAUAUUUCAACUACUACACGACAUCGGAGAUAUUUCAGAAAAUACUGGAACGUCCGUUGGAGAAGAAGUCAGGACGCUGUUACGCGCCUAGUGGCGCGAAUCGACAUCUCAUUUACUUCAUUAACGAUCUCAAUAUGCCCGAAGUGGAUGUGUAUGGUACUGUGCAGCCGCACACGAUUAUACGACAGUUCAUGGACUACAGACAGUGGUACGAUCGUCAGCGUCUGCAGUUAAAGGAUAUACGUCAUUGUCAGUUUGUCGCCUGCAUGAACCCCACGGCUGGCUCUUUCACCAUCGAUCCACGCUUGCAGCGCCACUUCUCCAUGUUUUCUGUGUCUACACCCUCCGAGGAGACAUUGCAACGUAUUUCCAGUACAAUUUUACGCAGUCACUUGGAGAAUCCCUACAACUCUUUCAGCAAGGAGCUCAAAGGCAUCGCGGAGCUGUUGGUACAAGUAGGUAUCGCUUUACAUCGUCGCAUGGAAUAUGCGUUCCUACCGACUGCGGUGAAAUUCCAUUACGCUUUCAAUCUACGUGAUCUCACCAACAUCUAUCAGGGGCUGAUGUACAGCUGUGGCGUACCGACGGGUCAAACAGGCAAUGUUAUGUUGGCCAACAAUGGCACGGUCUGCAGCAAACCCGCCGACUUGAUACGUCUAUACGUGCACGAGGCUUAUCGUGUCUACCACGAUCGUUUGGUCGAUCAGUAUGACAUCAAGUCCUUCAAGGCAACCAUACGCGAUAUCUUCAAGAAGGACUUUGAAGAUUUCGAUGAAGAUUUUGUGUUUGCCGAACCACUUAUCUACAGCCAUUUUGCACAAUCGCUUGUGGAUCAGAAGUACAUGCCGCUACGUAGCUGGGAUAAGCUACAUCAAUUGCUGAUGGAAGCGCAGGCCAACUACAAUGAGGUCGUGGGCUAUAUGAAUUUGGUGAUGUUUGAAGACGCGAUGAUACAUGUUUGUCGCAUUAAUCGUAUAUUGGAGAGUCCACGUGGCAAUGCGCUGCUGAUCGGCGUCGGCGGUUCGGGUAAACAGACACUCGCACGACUCGCCUCGUUUAUCUCAUCGCUAAGCGUAUUUCAAAUACAACUUAAACGUGGUUUUGGUCUACAGAAUCUGAAAGAAGAAUUCGCCACUUUAUACAUGAAAGUUGGACUGAAAAACGUGGCCUCGGUGUUUCUAAUGUCCGACGCGCAAAUACCGGAAGAAUCUUUACUAAUGCUCAUCAAUGAUCUCUUAGCCUCUGGCGAGAUACCAGAACUCUUCAACGAAGAUCAGCUGGAUACUAUUGUCAAUGGUAUACGCAAUGAAGUGAAACAAAGCGGCACACUCGACACCAAAGAGAAUUGCUGGCGCUUUUUUAUCGACAAAAUCAGACGACUCUUAAAAGUGGUGCUCUGUUUCUCACCCGUCGGACAGACUUUACGUGUGCGCGCACGUAAAUUUCCGGCCAUACUUACCCGCACCAGCAUCGAUUGGUUCCAUGAGUGGCCGAAAAUAGCCUUGGAGUCGGUCUCGCAGAAAUUCCUCAAUGAAAUCGAACAGCGCAUUUUACCACGGAACAUGGUGCGGCCUAUUGGUUGCUUUAUGGCCUACGUUCAUCACACAGUCAAUCAGAUUUCGAAAAUUUAUUUACAAAACGAAAAACGUUUUAACUACACAACACCGAAAACCUUUCUCGAAUACAUUUUCCUCUAUCGCAAAUUGUUGGUGGAGAAGAACGGCGAGCACGCAGGACGCAUACAACGCUUGCAAAGCGGCAUGUCUAAAUUGGCUGAGUGUGCUUGUCAAGUGGACGCACUGAAGAACCAACUGGCCAUUCAGGAGGUCCAGCUGGCAGCAAAAAAUGCCGCGGCCGAUAAACUAAUCGUCAUUGUCAGUGCCGAGAGUGAGAAGGUGAAGCGCGAGAAGUCGACUGCGUCUGAGGAGGAACAACGCGUGCGUAUCAUUGAAGAAGAUGUUUGCAUGAAGACCAAACUAUGUGAAGAAGAUCUGCGCAAGGCCGAGCCCGCACUUGUAGCCGCGCAGGCAGCACUAAACACUUUGAAUAAAAAUAAUCUCACAGAAUUAAAAUCAUUCGGCUCACCACCGAAGGCCGUGGUGAAUGUCUGCGCUGCCGUAAUGGUUCUACUCGCCAAAAAUGGUAAAAUACCACGCGAUCGCAGCUGGAAGGCAGCCAAGCUAACGAUGGUGCGCGUCGAUCAGUUUCUGUACGACUUGGUGAACUACAACAAGGACAGCAUACAUCCAAAUAUAAUAGAAGUGCUGCAAGAAUACUUGAAAGACCCAGAAUUCAGUCCCGAGAAGGUAGUGCAAAAAUCCGUCGCUGCCGCUGGGCUCUGCGCUUGGGUCAUCAACCUACAUCGUUACCAUCAAGUCUUUCUUAUAGUCGGUCCAAAGCAGCAGGCUUUACAGGAUUCGCAAAAGGAAUUACUGGAGGCACGGGAACGCCUGCAAUACUUAAAGUUCAAAAUCCAGGAGUUGGAGCUGAAACUUGCUGAGAUACAGGCAGAGUUCGAGGAGGCUAUAGCAGCUAAACAGAUGUGUCAGCGUGAGGCGGAUAAAACCGCAUUCACUAUAGACCUAGCGCAUCGUCUUAUUAAUGGUCUGGCUAAUGAGAAUGUGCGUUGGAAGGAAUCAGUGCAGAGCUUACAAGCGAAAAUUGGUACACUACCUGGCGAUAUCUUGCUAAUUUCCUCCUUCUUGUCAUAUGUUGGCUGCUUUACGAGACGCUAUCGCGAGGAGCUGCAGCAGAAGAUGUGGAUGACGAGCUUUGCUAAAAUCGAGUCUCAGGUGCCGUACACAAUUGGUGUGGAUCCCUUGACUCUACUCACCGACGAUGCACAAGUUGCGACUUGGAAUAAUGAGGGGCUACCAGUGGAUCGCAUGUCGACGGAAAAUGCAACGAUUUUAACACAUUCCACGCGCUGGCCACUUAUGAUUGAUCCACAGCUUCAAGGCAUUAAAUGGAUAAAAAAUCGGUAUGGCGAAUCAUUGGUUAUAAUACGUUUGAAUCAGAAAGGUUUCCUGGAUGUAUUGGAAAAAUCAAUGAACAACGGCGAUACUGUGCUUAUAGAACAAAUUGGCGAAACCAUCGAUACAGUGUUGGAGCCAUUACUCAGUCGCGCUUUAAUAAAGAAGGGACGCUACAUACGUAUUGGUGGCAAAGAGAUGGACUUCAAUGCAAACUUUCGUUUACUGCUGCACACAAAACUACCGAAUCCACAUUACAAACCUGAAAUCCAGGCACAAACUACGCUCAUCAACUUUACUGUAACACCAGAUGGACUGGAGGAACAGCUGCUCGCAGAGGUGGUUAAAAUCGAACGACCCGAUUUGGAGCAAAUGAAGAUCGACGUAACGGUACAACAGAAUAAGUUCAAAAUUUCACUGAAAGCCUUGGAAGAUGAGCUGCUUGUACGUUUGGCCACAGCCAGCACGAAUGUGUUGGACGACCACGCGCUCGUGAUCAACUUGGAGGCGACCAAACACACUGUGGACGAGAUUGAGCUGAAGGUGCGUGAGGCGCUCAUAACGAGCGCGCAAAUUGACGAAGCGCGUAAUAUGUAUCGUGCAGCUGCCAAGCGUGCAGCCAUACUUUACUUUGUACUAACCGAUCUGAGUCGCAUAAAUCCGAUUUACAAAUUUUCGCUAAAAUCCUUUAUGCAUGUCUUCAAGAAAGCUAUAUCCACUGCGCCAAAAAGUAAAAAUCACGAGAGACGUGUUCAACACCUGGUAGCGUCUAUCACGCUGCAGACGUUCGUUUAUACGAUGCGUGGUCUCUUCGAGGCUGAUAAACUAACAUUCACAUCACAUAUGAUAUUGCGUAUCCAAAGCGCCGCCGGACAAAUUUCCAAAGAUGAGUUUGAUUUUCUUCUACGCUUUCCACAUGAUCCCAAUUCGCUGUCGCCCUUGGAUUUUGUCAGCCGUAAAGCUUGGGGCGGCAUAAAGUCACUAGGUGGUAUUGAACAUUUUUACGGCAUUGACAAGGACUUGGAGAGUUAUCCGAAGCGUUGGAGUAAAUUUCUUGCAAGCGCCGCGCCGGAACGAGAGCAAUUUCCCGGCGAAUGGAAGUAUCGGUCGCCGCUGCAGAAGCUUUGUAUUAUACGAGCGCUACGACCGGACCGGAUGUUGUACGCAAUGAGAUUGUUUGUGGAGCUAACGAUGGGCAAGGAAUACAUUAAAACACAGACAGCAACAUUUGCCGAGAUCUAUAAAGAAAUAAAUGCCCACACACCGGUCUUAUUUAUACUUUCACCUGGCGUUAAUCCCAUACGCGAUGUAGAACUUCUAGGCCAACAAUUAGGCUUUCGCGCUGACCAAGAUACGCUGAUCAACAUAUCCUUGGGACAAGGACAAGAGCAACUAGCGGAAGCCGCCAUCAUCAAUGCCUUGAAUAACAAAAAACAUUGGAUUGUGUUGCAGAAUAUACAUUUGGUCGUCAACUGGCUUCCGUCACUGGAAAAGUUAAUCGAACGUAUAGCCAUAGAGAACGAAACGAACGAUGAUAACAAUGAAUCCAGUUUUCGUUUGUUCAUCAGCGCCGAGCCCGCACCAGAUCCAGAAUAUCACGUCAUACCACAAGGCAUACUUGAGUCCUCGCUGAAAAUAGUCAAUGAGCCACCGUCGGGUAUGGCGGCCAAUUUGCAUAAAGCUUGGGAUAACUUUUCACAGGAGACGCUGGAAACCUGCACACAAGAAGCCGAAUUCAAAGCUAUACUCUUUGCGCUUUGUUAUUUCCAUGCUGUUUCAGGAGAGCGCUGUAAAUUUGGACCGCAGGGCUGGAAUAAGUCAUAUCCUUUUAAUGUGAGCGAUCUUAUGAUAUCGGCCAAUGUGCUGCAUAACUAUUUGGAGAGCAGUUGUCGCAUACCUUGGGAGGAUUUACGUUAUCUGUUUGGUGAAAUUAUGUACGGCGGCCAUAUUACAGACGACUGGGAUCGGCGGCUCUGUCGCACAUAUCUCGAAGUGUUACUGCAGCAAGAGCUGAUCGACGGCGAUUUUGAGUUGUGUCCGGGCUUUCAUGCACCACCCAAUCUCGACUACCAAGGUUAUCAUAACUACAUCGAUGAGGCAUUGCCCGCCGAGUCGCCCGUACUCUAUGGCCUACAUGCAAAUGCUGAAAUCGGUUUUCUAACGAGUGCAUCGGAGCAGCUGCUCAAGACAAUAUUUGAGUUGCAACCACGAGAAUCUGAGCUUAGCACGAAUUGUAGUGCGCCACGUGAGGAGCUAGUGAAGAUCAUGAGUGAGGACUUUCUAGAUAAAAUGCAAGAUGAAUUCAACUUGCAAGCCUUGCUGAAUCGCGUAGAUCGCAAGACGCCAUUCAUUGUGGUCGCGCUGCAAGAAUGCGAACGCAUGAACGCACUAAUAUACGAAAUAAAACGUUCGUUGCGUGAACUGCUGUUGGGUUUGAAGGGCGAACUUACCAUAACGCCCGACAUGGAACGGCUGGAUCAUGCGAUUUUCUACGAUACCGUACCGUCAGCUUGGGCGCAACUUGCGUAUCCCAGCAUGUUGGGCCUGCAAAGUUGGUUUGCCGAUCUGCUGCAUCGCAUAAAAGAAUUAUCGAGUUGGCUCAACGAUUUUAAGCUGCCCUGCACCAUUUGGCUCGGUGGUUUAUUCAAUCCACAAAGCUUUCUCACCGCCAUAAUGCAAGAGAGCGCACGUAAGCAUGAUCUGCCUUUGGAUCGCAUGUGUCUAAGUUGUGAAGUGACGAAGAAAGAGAAGGAUGACAUAAGUUUACCCCCAGUUGAAGGUGCACUCGUGCAUGCUCUCUACCUGGAUGGCGCCAGUUGGGAUUGCCAGCUUAAUUCUAUUGUGCCAUUGCCGCCGAAAGAGCUGCUCUGUGCCAUGCCGGUCAUUUAUAUCAAAUCCAUUGUGCAGGAGAAACAAGAAUCGCAGCGCUGUUAUGAGUGUCCGCUAUACAAGACAAGAUUACGUGGCAGCACUUAUGUAUGGACGUUUAACCUAAAGACACGUGAAAGACCCGCUAAAUGGAUACUUGGAGGCGUGGCUUUAUUACUACAACCAUGAAGAAGUCGAAGUUCAAUUCACUUGUUAUCAUAAAGGCUUUUUAGAUUUCUAUAGAACUACGCUUAACUAUGUGCAAUAAUUGUCAGCAAGUUGCUUCUUUGCUUCUUUGAGAAUAUUACACGAAAAUAUAAUAUAAUUAUUGAAAACCAAGAAUAUAGAAUCUAAUGGAAUUACACAAUAAAAUGGUUAAA